AUGGUCGUCGAUCCUGGUGCCUCGUCCAUCAAUGUCACAGUCCGAGUGCGACCUUUCACCAUUCGUGAAGCGGCGCAACUGACGCGCACCGAUGAAGGCACCCUCUUUCUCGGCGACGGCUCGCUGGCCGCUGCCCCAACACCCAAGCUCAACACGAGGGGCAUCCGACCUGUGAUCAAGGUCGUCGAUGACCGAUGCCUAGUAUUCGAUCCUCCCGAAGAUAACCCCGUCCAGAGGUUCUCGAGAUCCGUCGUGCCCAACGGCAAAAAGGUCAAGGACCAAGUCUUCGCCUUUGACAGAAUCUUCGACGACAAUGCUACGCAAAACGAUGUGUACGAAGCGACGACACGGACUCUGCUCGACAGCGUUCUCGACGGCUACAACGCCACCGUUUUCGCAUACGGCGCAACCGGCUGCGGCAAGACGCACACCAUCACCGGCACCUCGCAGCACCCUGGCAUCAUCUUCCUGACCAUGCAGGAGCUCUUCGAGAAGAUCGCCGACCGCAGCCAAGAAAAGACGACCGAGGUCACCCUCUCCUACCUCGAAAUCUACAACGAGACGAUUCGCGACCUGCUCGUCCCCGGUGGCAGCAAGCAGGGAUUGAUGCUGCGAGAGGACUCGAACCAGGCCGUUUCUGUCGCUGGCCUGACGAGCCAUCGCCCCAAGGAUGUGCAGGAGGUUAUGGACAUGAUUGUCAGGGGUAACGAGUUCCGCACCGUCUCGCCGACCGAGGCCAACGCCACCUCGUCCCGCUCCCACGCUGUCCUUCAGAUCAACGUUGCCCAAAAAGAUCGCAACGCCGAUGUCAACGAGCCGCAUACCAUGGCCACCCUCAGCAUCAUCGAUCUGGCUGGCAGCGAGCGUGCGAGUGCCACCAAGAACCGCGGCGAGCGCCUGCUCGAGGGCGCCAACAUCAACAAGUCGCUGCUCGCGCUCGGAAGCUGCAUCAAUGCUCUCUGCGAUCCCCGGAAGAAGAACCACGUCACGCGCAAUGUGUUCAAUGUCAACCGCCACGUCAAGGAUUUCCUGGUCAAGAUCGACGAGCAGAUGGCCCUCAUCAACGAGCUCAAGGCGCAACAGAAGGACGCCGAACAAGCCUCGUUCGCCAAGUUCCGCAAGCAGCAAGAUCGCCGAGACGCCAUCGCCCGCGAGGGCAUCCAGCGCAUCCGCGUCGCCUACGACAACUCUGCCGGCGAGCGACAGGAAAAGCUAAACAACAUGAAGAAGCUCAGGAGCUUCGAGCGUCGCAUCGGCCUGCUCUCAAGCUGGCUCGCAUCGUUCGAUGCCAUCUGCGAUGCCCGUGGCGACGAGGACAUGAUGCCUUCUAACCUCGUCUCCAUCCGCAAGACGGCCAGCGGUAUCCUGUCUGAGCUCGAACACAGCAGGCACCACAUGAUCCAAAAGCUCGACAAGUUCAACUGGGAGCGCGCUCUCGACACAGCCCUUCACCACAGCAUCCAGCAACUGCCCGGGGAUGACGCCGCCGACUGCGGCGAGGUGGCGAACCUGUCGCGUGAGGUCGAGGUCCUCAAGGCGAGCUUCGGUCGCGAGUCGUACCGUGACGUGUUGGACUUUGACAAGACGGCCGACGCCUCCAUGGUGCAGGUGCUUCUGACUGCGCAGUUUGACAUGCUGGCAUCCCUAUCCGAGACGCUGGCGAUGAAGGAGGAGGACGCUGUCUCGCAUGCCAAGUCCAUCAUCAACCGUUUGCUCGAGGUCGGUUACACCGCUGCAUCCCACGUCGUCAAGCCCGACGGCUCUUGCAUACCCGUCGAGAAGUUUUCCCCCAGCAAGCGAGGCACACCAAAGCGAAAGAAGGCCGCUGCAGUCGGCAACAUCCAGCCCAUUGCCGCGCCUCUCCUGCCCGUGGCCGACGCGCCGGUGCUCACACAGCCGAUUGCUGCUUCGCCGAUGAAGACCUCGCCCCGCAGGCGCAAGCCCAUCAACGCUCGGAAGGGCGUUUCGUUCACGCCUGUGAAGAAGAAGGCGGCUUCGCAGCGGUCGGUUCGGUGGAGGGAUGACGAGUCAGAGGACGGAACUCUGGCCGACUUUGACAAGACACCCAAGAAGUACGAAUCGACUCCGGAACAGAACUCGCCCGACAAGGCUCUUCCUCUGCCACCCAUGCCAGCCAUGUCGUCCCUGCCGGCCAUGCCCACUCUGCCAGUCUACUUGGAAACCACCGAGGAGGAGCCUGAGCCAGCCUCGGACUCGAGCCCGUCUCUCGAGCUUCCCGAGACGUCUACUCUCGUGCCGGCCAAGCCUAACAGGUUCCAGGCCGGAUUCCUGUCCAAGGGCAGCGCGCGGGUCUCGUCCAUCGGCAGCGGCUCUCCGAGCCUGCCCACGCCGACCUUCUCGGUGAAGCUCGCCCCCUCCCCAUCGUCGUCUGACAACGGAGACAAGCUCGGCCCUCUUAGGUCGCUGGACGUGUCGCGGUCUUCCAACCUGUCACCCUCGUCCUUCGGCUCCAAGAUAGCGCGGCUCAGUCCGCCUCGGUGUUCAUUUCUCGGCGACGAAAACAACCCCCCCUCCAUCGCCUCUGGCCACUCCUCUGACUCCGACUCGUCCAAGAUUGACCACCAAAAACUCCGGAACGCCCUCCACUCUGCCAAAAAGGCGGGAGGACGUAGGGUGUCCUCCAUGUCCGGCUCCACGACCACGUCUGCGCGACGCAUCUCUUCCAUUGGCCCUCUCCCCGAAAGGGCCGGCCACCGGGCCUCGCUUAGCUACUCCGGGCCCCUCGCCAGUUCGACGAACGGUAUCUCUCGGCACCGCCGAAACAGCACAGCAGAGCGACGGCGCUCGCCGCCCAUCGCGUGUUCCCCACCCGACUUUCGGGGUGCAUUCACCCAGGGCCAAGCGCGCCGCAUGAACUUUGGCAGCAGCGUCAAGCUGUCCGGUGUCGAGGGCAGCAGCCCGGGCGCCCGGGCGCAGAGCCUCGAGGCAGGCAAGACCCGGCGCAUCACUAUUGGUGGUUUGGGCGCCAUGGGUGGUGCCGCCACGAGGGGACGCGAUGUCAGCGCUGGUAGGGCUAGUGUUGGCUGGCGAUGA